GGGAACACCUGGAGAAAUGGAUGCUCCUGUUGCUGCGAAUGUGUUGGGUACGAUUGGAGCCAUAUGCUGGUCGGUUCAAUUGAUUCCGCAAACCGUGAUCAACUAUCGAAGGCACAAUGCUACCGGCCUACAGCCCACGAUGAUGAUGAUGUGGGCAUGGGCUGGAGUGCCUCUCGGGGUGUAUAAUGUUGUGAAGAACUCCAACACGGCCCUCCAGGUCCAGCCCCAGAUCCUAACUUUCCUUAAGCUUAAAUGGUCCGUAUUGCGUGCGCUCGCUGUAGUCGUACCCAUUGCUCUGUUCAUGGGCGGCUUAGAAGCUGCCCUCAUCAUUGCCCUACGAAUUUCCCACUCCAGAGAUGUCCAAUGGCCCAUUACGCUGAUGGCCAUCCUCUCUGCCAUCUUGCUCGCGGCCGGUGUACUCGGCCAUUACUGGGACAUUUACGUCCAUCGCACGGUGCGCGGGAUAUGCCUUAUCUUCGUUGGCAUCGACGCCGCCGGAGACGCCAUCUCCCUUGUCUCGGUGUUGUUCCAGCCCGAGAUGGACGUCUUAGGGCUGAUUAUCUAUGGUACCGAGUUCGUGUUGCGGCUCGGUGUCUUCGCUUGCGGGGGUUACUUCAAUCUAGUCCCUUGGAUGCACGCAAAAAUAAAGAAGAAGACGUCGAGCAGGCCUAACACGGUGCCGCUCUCGCCCAGUAGAUGCAGCCAAAGCAGUGCACCCGCUGCAGCGAUGGCGUUGCACAACUUGCCGUCGUCAACAUGUGUGUUCAGAACGCCUUCGGUUGAGAUAUGGACUGCUCGUGCCAGAACAGGGCCAAGAAGAAGCAAUACCGAUGGCGUGGGAGAUGAACCAAGUGCUGGUGGGUAAGUGGCAGAAGGAGCCAGCAUAGAGACAGAUUGUGCCGAAAGACCUAUGUCUGGUAGGUAAUGGAAACAUUCUUCUAUCGCGACCAUCC